ACCAGAGCGAGUCCUAGAGCUAACAAGCAGGACAGCUGGACGGACAGACAGCACCAUGGCGCUGAGCGUGCAGAUCCGGGCCGCCUGCCUCCUGCUCCUCCUCCUCGUCAGCCUGACCGCCGGCUCCGUUCUCCCAUCCCAGACAAGACAGCUCACAGACCUCCGGACCCAGGACACAGCAGGAGCCACCGCUGGUUUGACGCCCGUGGCCCAGAGGCUAAGAAGAGACACCCACUUCCCCAUCUGCAUCUUCUGCUGCGGCUGCUGUCGCAAAGCAAUCUGUGGGAUGUGCUGCAAGACGUAGAGCUGCCCACCCUGCCCCAGCCCCUGCGUCACCCCUUAUUUAUUCCGGCUGCCUCCAACCCUGAAUGGUCUUGGAAUAAAAUAGCUUUUCUUUUC